AGGGUCGGAGGGCACGCGAAGCGGGUGUCAUGGCGACCUCCAUGCUGGGUUCAGUCCCCGGCCCAAGGCCAUUCGGUUUAGCUAGCCUGUUCCGUCGCCGGCCGCCUCGGGAUGCUUGGGAACCUGUGCGGCGCCUGCCGGGGCCCUCGGCAGCUCGGCGCAGCGUGGCGGCGGCCAGCGGGCCGGCCAUCCCCGGUUCCCACCUCUACUGCCUGGAGCUGCUGAGGAAACGGGAUUAUGAAAGUUACUUGUGUUCCUUACUGUUUCCUGCAGAGUGUCAAAAGUCUGUUUCUGCACUGCGGGCCUUCAAUGUGGAACUGGCUCAGGCUGGUUAAGGACUCAGUCUCUGAGAAAACAAUUGGAUUGAUGCGCAUGCAGUUCUGGAAAAAGGCGGUGGAAGAUAUUUACUGUGACAACCCACCACACCAGCCUGUGGCCUUUGAACUCUGGAAGGCCGUCAAGAAACAUAACCUGACUAAAAGAUGGCUCAUGAGAAUCAUUGAUGAAAGAGAAAAAAAUCUGGAUGACAAAGCAUACCGCAGUAUCCAGGAACUUGAAAAUUAUGCCGAGAACACACAGAGUUCCCUGCUGUACCUGACACUGGAGGUGCUGGGUGUGAAGAACCUCCAUGCAGAUCAUGCUGCAAGCCACAUUGGAAAGGCACAGGGCAUUGUCACAUGCUUGAGAGCAACACUCUAUCACAGUAGCAGGAGACAAGUGUUCCUGCCCAUGGAUGUCUGUGUGCAGCAUAGUGUUUCACAGGAGGACUUUCUACGGAGGAACCAGGAUAAAAAUGUGAGAGAUGUAGUAUAUGACAUUGCCAGCCAGGCACACUUGCACCUGAAGCAUGCGAGGUCCUUCCACAGCAGCGUCCCUGUGGAAGCAUUUCCUGCUUUUCUUCAGACGGUUUCUCUAGAGGAUUAUUUAAAGAAAAUCCAGCGAGUGGACUUUGAUAUAUUCCAUCCAUCUUUACAGCAGAAGAAUACAUUACUUCCAUUAUCUUUGUAUAUUCAAUCAUGGCGAAAAAGAUACUAAAAUGAUUUUAUGUUGCUGAUACUGAUUUACUUUUAGUUUAUUGGUUUAAAAGAUGUGUGGUCUGGGUUCUUUUUUAGAAACAGUAAGAGCUAACAUACGUGUGUGUGUGUGUGUGUGUGUGUGUGUGUGUGUGUGUGCCUUUGUUGAUCUAUGUGCAAAUAUCCACAGAGACCGGAGGGUGUCAGAUCCCAUGGAACUGGAGUCCCAGGUGGUUGUGAGCCACCUGGCAUGGAUGCAGGAACAUCUGUAAGAGUUCUUAGCCUCUAAGCCAGCUUCCCAGUCCUGGAAACUAACUUUUUACUUAAGGAGAAAGGCGUUCACAGAACAGCUGCAGAGCUUCAGCGGGACUGGGAUGCCAGACAGGACUGCUGUGCCAUCACUGGGACGUUGAGAUCCCAGGAGGAGUCAGGUGUCAGGGAAAGGCAGUCACCUUCCCAUGUCUCAUCCUUGGGGACCCAAAGGGGAAAGAAUUUAGGAUCACACUGUACCAUGCUGGCAGCCAGGGCUGAGAUGCUCCAUGGAGCUGCAAAAUGUGUUUUUAGGGAAAUGUGUUUUAAAGAAAAUGAACUUUAAGUCUAAGUGAUUGUUAAGAGCUAUAUAACCCUAAUGCUAGCCUUUCUAACCCAAAAUGUACCCAUAGUGAUGAAAAAAACCUGAGCUUCAGAUUAAGCAGCUGCUCAUCACAGUUGAGCCUCAUUUAACUUCAUUUCCGGGUAGUGUGGAAGCUCUCACUUUCUUACUAACCCCAGCUAACUGAGCCCACAGCCUCAGUCACUCAAUAUCCCUGUGGUCAUGAAUAACAUUGUGUUGGCAGAACUCCGGAUUAGUAAACAUUAUACUAACAGUAUGGCACUGAGCAGCCAUCAAGAGGUUGUGUAUUUUGUUUGUUCUUUGCUUUUGUGAGACAGGGUCUUAACUUUGUCUCACUUGGCUACUCUAGGACUUGCCAGAGAGACUAGGCUGUCUUGAACUUCUAGAACCUCUGCUUCCUUAGUACAGGGAUUAAAACUGUAUACCACCACACCCAACAGGAAAUGCGCAUUUUUAAUUUUAUGUAUUUAUUUACUUAUUUUGUUUUUUUCUGAGGCAAUAUUUCUCUGUGUAGCCUUGGCUGUCCUAGAACUUGCUCUGUAGACCGGGCUGGCCUCAAACUCAGAGAUCCACUUACUUCUGCCUCCAAAGUUCCAGGACAGUGGCUACGUUUUUAGAUUAUAAAAUACUUACUAAUUGUACAGAUUAAGUGGUAAUGGCGCUCAGGUUUGGACGAUGAGUUGGACAGUCCUGUGACCAGGUUUGUAGCAGGUCCUUUUUUCCUGCUUUUCUGGACUCUUGUUGCCCCUCCCACUUCUGUGGAACUUAGCAGGUGACUCUAGUCUUUGUUUUAGCUAUGAGUUAGUGUUUACUUUAAUUGUGCAUUAGUAAUAAUUUAAAAUAAUACAGUUUUGCAAGCAAAAUCCAAACUGAGACCUUUGCAAGGGCAAGACUGUACGGCUUGCCUCAUCUUAGCUUUCCCAGUGCCUAGGAAGCCUUCUGAUUGACAGCAAGUGGGAGUCAUUGCAUGGGUGAGUGAACGACCAGUGUGCUUGUGUCGGCAGAUAUUUGGUUGAUUCUGGUGCUGCAAGAGUCUAAUAGCUAGUCCUCAGAGGAAAGUACUUGGAAAUGGGACUCGCUUCUUCUUGGGAUUCUGAAGGAGCCUGGGUUGAAGAGUCUUUGUUAGCACUGGGGCCAGUGUUUGGAGAUAAGCUUGGCAGCAAUCAACUGCCUAAGAUCUUGGCUCCUGCCUAAGGGUAUUAAAAAGAGUUGAGACACUCAGCUGGGUUACUGGGUCCUUAGUGGCUCAGCACACACUGGAACACUUUCUAAGAUGCUCUUGAUUUGAUGUUACGGAUUUGAUGAGCUGAAGUUACCUUGAGACUAAAAUGGAGGUCUCAUGUAGUGCUACUUACAGUAUUGUUAAUUUCCUAGCAUGAAGAACUUCCUUAGUCCAAAGGAAGGAAGGAAAGAAGGAAGGAAGGAAGGAAGGAAGGAAGGAAGGAAGGAAGGAAGGAAGGACAAAGAACACCUGUAAUCCUGGUACUUGGGAAGUGGAGGCAGGAGGACCAGGGUCAUCCUCUAGUGAGUUUAAGGCCAGCUGGCCUAGAUGAGACCAUGUCUCAAAAAUCCAAAAAUAAAAGUAAAUAGAGGUGGGCCAACUUCCAAAGGAAAGUUUGUGAAUACAAAUGUCCAUAUCCUCUGGCCUGGUGAAACAUUCUGAAUUAAGAUCAGAGAAUUGGAGUUUGUUUUACCCAUUUCAGCAAACCUCCAGGUGCCCUUGGGUUUGAGCUGUUUUAGUUGGUACAAAUUUAAUUUUUUAAAGGACACUACUAGCCCAAUUGAUGACUUGACCAGGAAGAUCCUCAAGCUUGUAAACACUAUGCAGACAAUUACUAAAAGGAAAACAAAGCAUUAGCCUCCUGUUUGUUUCCAUAACAAGACUGAGCAAGAAGCCACACAGAGAACUGGGAUUGAUGGAAAUGGGUCAGAAGGAGGGCAGACUGGCCAUUUACCUGCUUUUCCUUAUGGUGAAAAUUACUGUGUAAUAAAUGUUAUUUCUUAAAAAUUUGGAUCCUGGGGCUGCCUUACAGAGGACCUGUGUUCAGUUUCCAGCACCGCAUGGCUCACAACCAUGCCUACCUAGUUACAGGCGAUCUGAUGGCCUCUUCUGACCUCUGAAGGAACCAGACACUGGUGCACAUACAUACAUGCAGGCAAAGCAGUCGUACACAUAAAGAAUUUAUGACGGUCCCUUCAAGCAGUAGGAUGUGGGAGGCAGAGGUGAUUGUGUGUGCAACUAAUCGACAGCUAAAAGUGACAUCGCACAGGCCACGUCUUAUUUAGGGUCAGCAGGGUGCUUGUGGGGAAAAGAGCUCACAGUUCAGGCAGAGUCUCUAGAGUUCAAUCUCAGAACCCCUGAUAGAAGCACAGACUGACUCCUACAAGUUGUCCCGUGACCUCCACACACAUGUAGUCCCUCACAGUGCUAUGCACAUAAGUCCACUCAGCGUGACAGCUGAGUGAAGCAUACAGCAUUCAAGAAUCUAGAUUGUUGGCUGCAGUCAGAAGGCAGGCUGAGAGGCAGGAUGAUAAGUUAGUCAGAGGAUGCAGUAGGGGGGUUGGCUUUUAAGACAUGUAUUUUGUAUGAGUAUUCAUGAGUAUUGUUUACAAUGUUUCUGGUAUAAACGUUCCUUGGAUAAACAAUGCCUUUUGACUUGGAGCUAGAAUGUCCUUGUUAUUUGAUGAGCCUGUGGGCCGACAUUUUUUUCUCCAGCACAAAUACUGUUUGCCUUUGAGUCACCUUUUUCUCAUUAAACAUCCCUGCCUGGC